AUGACAGUUAGCGAGAAGCUCAACUUGACACACAACAACUCUCCAGGUGUUCCAAGGCUGGGCCUGCCAUCUUAUAAUUGGUGGGGAGAAGCGCUCCACGGUGUCGCAUCCGCUCCUGGAGUCAACUUCAGUGAUUCAGGCGACUGGUCAUAUGCAACGUCCUACCCUCAGGCAAUAACGAUGGCUGCAUCUUUCGACGAUGAUCUAUACUACGCCAUUGGAAAUGCAAUCAGUACUGAGGCACGAGCUUACAACAAUGCCAAUCGAUCUGGUCUUGACUACUGGACGCCAGAUAUCAAUCCAUUUCGCGACCCACGCUGGGGCCGUGGUCAGGAAACACCAGGAGAAGACACUUACGUGGUCAAGCGCUACAUUGACAAUCUUGUCACGGGUCUUCAGGGGGGUCGCAAUCCUGAACCAUACAAGAUCAUUGCCACUUGCAAGCACUUCGCCGCGUACGAUUUGGAGGGCUGGCAAGGCAACAAUCGUUAUGGGUUCAACGCAAUAGUCACCACUCAAGAGUUGAGCGAGUUUUACAUGCAGCCAUUCCAACAGUGCGCCAGGGACACCAAGGUUGGCUCUAUCAUGUGUUCAUAUAAUGCCGUCAAUGGUGUGCCUGCAUGCGCCAAUUCAUACAACAUUGACUCUAUCCUUCGAGGUCACUGGAACUGGACCGCAGAUGAGAACUACAUCACGUCCGACUGCACAGCCAUUCAAAACAUGUUCACAGACCAUCAUGCUUUCGACACAAGGCAGCAGACUGUGGCAGCCGCCCUAAAUAGCGGUGUCGAUGUGGAUUGCGGCUUCUACAAUCCUACUUAUCUGCCCUCUGCGCUGGCAAUGGGUCUCAUCCAAGAAUCAGCUCUAGACCGCGCUCUCCUACGCCUAUAUUCAGGGCUGAUCAAGGCAGGCUACUUUGACCCCCCAGAUACACCCUGGAGAUCUCUGACGUGGGAAAAUGUCUCUACACCUGAAGCUGAAGGCCUUGCCCUCAAGGUGGCUGAAGAGGGCAUAGUUCUUUUGAAGAAUGAUGGUACACUUCCUCUGGCUCCUCCAGAAGACCGAAAUAUGACACUCCUCCUCGCUGGUGGCUGGAUCAACGCGACCACACAACUACAGGGAAAUUACGCUGGUCCAGCUAGGACAUUAAUCUCGCCAUGGAUGGCCCUGCAAAAUGUCUCCAACAUCGAACUCAUCGUCGUUCAGUGGUAUGAAUCUCCAAUGAUUCGCGCUAUUGAUACCCAAGCGGAUGCUAUCCUGUGGAUCGACGCCACAAAUGAAGCUGCUGCGGAAGGCGAAGACCGCAACACUAUUCAGUGGGACAACCUACAGAUCGAUGCUGUCGAGAUGUUGGCAACUCUUGGUCGGCCCCUGAUUGUUGCACACAUGGGAGAGCAAGUCGACGACUCUGCAUUCUUCAGUAACCCCAACGUGAGUUCAGUUGUCUGGGCCGGCUACCCUGGCAUGCUUGGAGGAGAGGCACUCAUCAACGUAAUCACAGGCAAGGUGGCACCUGCCGCCAGGAUGCCUGUAACUCAAUAUCCUGUUGACUACAUCCACCAGGUAGCUAUGACGGACAUGAACUUGCGGCCCAAUCCACAGACCGGCAACCCUGGACGCACGUACAAAUGGUUCGACAACGCUACUGUGGAAUUUGGUUAUGGGCUACAUUACACCAAUUUCACUACUGCCAUUAACAGCCCCUCAAAUUCAUCCUUCGACAUUAAUGCCCUUGUCUCUGCCUGCGAUUUUGCCACAUACAGCCACAUCGACCAGUGUCCCUUCCGGCCAUCUGGAGCUUCAUCCUCCUCCGUGACCAUAAACGUCACUAAUACCGGUACUACUGGCUCUGAUUUUGUUGGCUUGGCCUUCAUCUCUGGUGAAUAUGGACCUACGCCACGUCCCCUGAAGUCUCUUGUGGCGUACCAGAGACUGUUUGGGAUCGAGCCGGGGAGCAGCCAGACAGCUAAUCUGAAUAUUACGCUGGGCUCCUUGUCAAGGUACGACGAGAACGGCAAUCAGAUACUUUACCCCGGGAGCUACAGUCUACUAGUGGAUGUGCCAACGCAGACGACAUGGGACUUUGAAUUGACCGGAAGUGAGUAUAUGAUGGACGAGUGGCCCCAGCCUCAAUAGUCAUAUAGCAGCAACGACGGUGAUGAGACUGUUUGAGAUCUGGAAGACGAGUAUAUACGAGCCAGUAAU